AUGGCAAAGGAUGAUGUCAUACAAAUCUUAGAAAGUUGUGGUCUUCACGCAAAAAUUGGAAUAGGAAUUCUUAUUGAGAAAUCAAUGGUAACCGAAAGUGAUGGGCGUUUGAGGGUCCAUGACAUGCUUCAAGCAAUGGGUAAGGAAAUUGUUGUUCAUGAAUCACCAGAUGAUGCAGGCAAACGUAGUAGGAUAUGGUCCUCAGAGGAUGCCAUUCAUGUGUUGGGAAAUAAGAAGGGAACCGAAGCAAUCCGUGGUAUGGUGGUAAGAUUUGACAAACCAUAUAUCAUACGUUUGGAUCGUGAGGCUUUCUCAAGUAUGAGCAAUCUCAAGUUACUUGUCAUGUCAAGUCAUUCAAAUUUGUCACAAGGCCAAUUGAAUCUUGAAGGACUUAACUGCCUUCCUAACACAUUGAAAGUCAUCGAAUGGAAGGAGUAUCCUUUAGACUUCCUACCAAGGCAAAAUAAAUUUCAAGAACUUGUUGAUCUUAAAAUGCAAUACAGUACAUUAAGAGAACUUUGGAGAGAAACUCAGUUUCUGCAAAGUUUGAAGUUCAUUGAUUUGAGUCAUUCAACAAACCUGAUCAGAACACCAAAUUUUAAUAAUACUCCUAAUCUUCAAAGAUUAAUUCUUAAAGGGUGUACAAAGCUUGUUGAAGUUCACCACUCUCUCUGGCAACACAGGAAUCUUGUCAUUGUUGAUUUUAAAGGUUGCAAAAGUAUUAAGAAUCUUCCAACCAAAUUGGAGAUGAAUUCUUUAGAGACACUAGUUCUCUGUGGUUGUUCAAAAGUUAAAAAACUUCCUGAGUUUGGUGAAGGUAUGGAACGUUUAUCCAAGCUUGAUUUAGAGAGCACUGCUAUAUCCAAACUACCACAAUCAUUGGUCAAUUUGAUUGGUCUUAUUAUAUUAAAUUUAAAGGAUUGCAAAAAUCUGGUUUGCCUCCCAAGUGAUUUUCAAAAACUGAAAGCUAUAAAGAUUAUCAAUAUUUCUGGUUGCUCAAGGAUUUCAAGGCUUCCGGAGAAUUUGAAUGAAAAUGAUUCAUUGGAAGAGCUUGAUGUUGGUGAAACUGCUAUAAGAGAAGUGCCUUCAUCCUUGAAUAAUUUAAAAGUAUUAUCUCUUAGGGGAUGUAAGGGCCAUCAAGUUCAACAAAGUCGUUCCCUUCUCAAGCUGGCAUUUAGGCUUCAAAGGCCACCAAGUUCAACAAACUCUUUGUGGUCUCCUUCUUUUUCAAAUCUAUCAUCUUUGGGCAAUUUACGUCUAAGUUAUUGCAAUCUUCAUGAUGACUCACUGUCCAGCGGAAUUAGCAAUUUAUCAUCACUGAAAGUGUUGGAUUUGUGUGGAAACAAUUUUGUUGAAUUUCCUUCUGGCCUCAUUUCCAAACUUGAAGAGCUUGAAUGUAUUACUUUGAAUGAUUGCCCAAGCCUUCAGUCUUUGCCUCAAGUUCCAGCAAACCUAUCAAUUAUAGAAGCAGUUGAUUGUCCAUCAUUGAAACAUUAUGUUCGUUCCCAGCAACUAUGGGAAUUCAUUGAGCAAUUUGAAUAUCAGACUCGAUGUAGACUUGAAAUCUCCGGUCAAAAAUGGAAAUGUCACUGUUUAAGCGACUACAUGUCUGCAAUUAUAACUUGGGAUUCACAAGUUUCUGACUUUAUGCAACCGACUCGAGUAUUAACUAUUCCUGGUAGUGAAGUGCCACCAUGGUUUCACCAUCAAAACUAUUCUUGUGCGGAAGAUUGCCCCUAUGAGUAUACUCCAAAAAAUGCGUCAAUUAAAGUAAAAACUCCUGAUUCUUGCCGUUCAGGUGAAUGGUGGGGUGUGGCUGUAUGCUUAGUGCUUGAAAAUGAUUUGGAAUUUGCAAAUUGCCGUGACAACGUUUAUUGGACUUAUAAAGUUUCUAAAGGUAAAUACUCAAAUUCAUUCCGUUGUUGUGGCAUUCAUGUGCAGUCUAAUUGUCGUCAUCAACGAUGUAUCAUCUACAUUCGUUUUUCUUCAUUUGUUGUGGAGCAACUUCAAAUGGUAUUCUUCACCAAUAACGAAGGUCCAGAGAAGAAGUCAGCUUUUAAAAUAGCACAGUGUGGGUGGCGUGUGUUGUGUAAAGAAGAUGUUGAGAGAUGGCAAAAUACAAGAGAUGAAGAAUGA